AUGUUAAUAUUUCCCCGUGUAAGAUCAAAACCAGAAUUAAUUGAUGGAGCUCCUCCUGGUUCAUGGGCAGAAGUCCACCCUAGUGGAUGGAUUCAGAGUGAUUUAUUUUUAAAAUGGUUUGAAAAGUUUAUUGUGUUUUCUAGAGCUUCUUAUACCAAUAGAGUAUUACUUUUGCUUGAUGGCCAUGCUACCCACACAAAAAACAUUGAACUUAUUGAUAAAGCACGUGAAGCUGGUGUUAUUUUACUUUGCUUCCCUCCACACUGCACCCAUAAGCUUCAACCCUUAGACGUUGCUUUUAUGAAACCUCUUAGAAUUUACUAUUGUGAUGAAGUGAAGAAAUGGUUAAGAGAGCAUACUAGUGAGCACAGAGUAGUAACGCAUUAUCAAAUCACUUCUAGGUAA